AUGGCCAGAGACGACUCCCGCGACCGUGCUGAGUCUCGCUUGGUAAAGCAUCAACACUCUUACUCGGAGUCUGGCAGAAGCUCCGUGCCCAUGUGGGAUAGCUCAGAUCCAGACAGAGCUCCUCCUCCCCUUCCACUCAACCCAACAGUGGGAAGUCCAAUCACCAGAUCAAACACAUCGAAGCGCAUCGACGAAGCAGCCGCUCUUAUUGCUGCUCGAGCUAGAGAGAAUGCUCCCAGCUCUUACACAACAAAUCCUGCACCAUCUCCGCUUUCACCAGACAGGAACAUCAUGCGAGCACAGAACAGGAGGGUGCAGAAUAUACAAAGCCCAAGUCUUCCUCGAUUGAGCGACUCCUUGGAGAGGAGAUCUCCUGACAAAGGUCUUCGAACCGCCAAAUUUGUGGACUUCGAGGACUUCCGCACAAGCAGAUCCCCAGAACGCAGCCCCGUUCGCUCGGGAUCAGAGACUCCAACUCCAACUGAUCGAAGCUCGGCCAGAGCAAAGGAUUUGGAAAACACUCCUCCAGGCUCCAAUAUGCUGGCUUUACAGGCAAUGAGAGCCAGACAAGAUACACCACCUCUCAGUGACAUCACGAAUAGCGCUUCUCCUGGGCCCCAACCGAUAUACUCCUUCGAUGCUUUGUCAUCUCAAAUCUUGGGUUUGACUAGCAUUGUCACAAAUGUACAAAAGGAGAUGGCGAGUCUCAACAAGAGAAGUAAAGACAACUAUUCAGAUCUGAUGAGUCUUAAAGAUGCAACAACGACUCGACAUCAGGACAUACAGCAAAGUCUACGGAACUUGGUCAGUGGCUUAGAGGUUAAGCUUACCAACCUGGAUGCUCGCCUUCUGGCUGCCCCGGAUGCAAGUAGAUCAACUCCAAACAUGGGCUUCUACCUGGAUGAAAAAGCACACAAUGGCUCGCCACGACCAAAGAGUUUUGGACUUCCACGUAUUGGGAGCCCCUCAAGUUUUUCUGCUGCUUUCGAACGAGAGUUGACAGCAUCUCCCUCGCUCGCUUGUGUUGAUGGUGCGGCAAGCAUUGCUCUCCUCGAGAAGGUCCUAAGGGAAAUGGCGACUCGGGAGGGACAGGAAGUUAUUAUGAAUACCCUGGAAGCUGUCAAGUCACAAGCACUAGUUCGCACUGAGAAAGCGAGUCCUUCCCAGCCAUUUGUUGAUCCAUCUAUGAUGUCAAAACUCGAAGACAUAUUGAUUAUCAUGAAGGACAUGAAAGACAAUUCAGGCUCAAAGGCCUUGAUUCGCUCAGCCGGAGCAGAUCAUAGCAAAUCACCCUCCAAUGUUGACAUGUAUCUGGACGCUGGAGCAAUGUCAACGACCAAAUCCAGCAACGAAGGAAAACCUUCUGCGAUGGCAUCUGAAGCAAUCACCGAGGAGAUCAUGAGGAUGCUAAAAAGUGUCAAACAGUCCCUAGCGCAGGGAGGUGGCUUAACGAAUGAGGUUAAGGUCCUGGUACGAGAACUGCGUGGAGAAGUACUUGGAAUGGGACGAGAGAUCGCGCGGAAAUUAGACCAACCAGGCUCACCAAAGAAAUCCACAUCAACAACAUCAGAGGUACAGGCCGCGACAAGAGAUGAAAUUUCAGCUGUUGUCCAAGAAGGUCUGGCCGAGCUCAAAGAACAUAUGCACCUUGUGGUUCAAGAAAACAACGAACGAUCUCUCGAGCAGGUUCGCCCAACAGUCGAUGCAGAGAAAAUCCUGCUUGCAGUCCGUGAUGCAAUCACCAAUCUUCCACGGCCGAAGGAAGCUCCGGUCAGAGAUCCUGUUGCCGAGCGAGAGGAGCUCAUCGCGGCAGUCCGGGAUGCUUGGGAGGACUGCAAACCUGAGAUUGCUCUUGAACACUUUGGCCUGGAACGCGACGAGAUACUCGAGACCUUGAAAGAAGGACUGAAAUCUUACCAUCCACAAGAGCCAAUCACACGGGAUACCGGCGCAACCUACGAAGAAGUCAUUGAUGCGGUCCAGAAAGGCCUGGUGGAUUUCAAGCCGCCUGAAGCUCAAGUGCAACCUGGAGUCACCAGAGAAGAAGUCAUGACGGCUGUACGCGAUUGUUUGGAAGAGUUUGAAUGGCCAAGCUUACCACAGGCUGCUCCGCGCGAGAACGAUCUCACAAAGGAUGAUGUUUUCGAGGCUGUCCGUGCCGGAGUUGCAGAGCAGGAGACCUCGGCCCGAGAGUAUGUUAUUGAAGCCAUUAAAGAAGGUCUGUCUCAACAAGCACCUGUUGCCAAGGACAUCGAGUUUAAUCGGGAGGAUCUUUUCGAUGCCAUCAAAGCCUGCUUGGAAGGUGAGCAGAAUCCUCUGGGCGGAAUGGGUGAGCGGGUCAUCGAAGCUAUGCACGAAUUUCUAAGCAGUAUGAAGACGGAGUUUCAACAAUACUCAGCUGCAAGUGGAAAGGACACUGAGCAGGUGCUGGACGCCCUCAAAGAUGGACUGGAAGACCUGAGAGGCGACAUCGAAAGCUACGUCGACCGCAAUUCUGACGUUACUGGCAAAGACGAAAUCAUCGACACUGUCAAGGCUGGCUUUGCUGCUAUGCAAGCUGAUCUGGAUAAGGGAUUUGCCAAUCGAACGAACGGAGCACCAAACACACCUGAGCUUCUUGAUGCUAUGGAGAAGGAAUUUCAGCAUUUGAGGGAUACCAUCAGCAAGAGUGUCAGUCGAAGUGGCGAAACACUAGACAAGGACGAAAUACUGGAUGCUAUUCAUGAUCUCUCUGACGAUCGACAAUCAUCUUUGAGUAGUAACAGCGAAGACAUCGUGCGUUUGGUCAAAGAAGAGCUCGAACAUAUGCGCACCCUGCUGGCUGGGACACUGAUCAAGAGUGGAGGAAAUCUCGACCGCGAUGAGGUUUUUGACGUCAUUCGAGACGGCCUAGAGUCUGCCCGUUCUGCCCCUAAGGAUGGCAACGAGAGCAUUCUGUCCAACACGAGUGAAUUGCUCGAUGCAUUUCAAGAUGGCGUUGAUGGCAUCCGGGCCGACAUUCAAAAACUUACUGACAGACCUGUUGAUCUAAGCACGAGCUUUGAAAUUCUUGAUAUGUUGAAAACCGGAAUCGAGGAUGUACGCGCUGACAUUCAACAACUCAACGAAAAGCAAAAUGAAAAUUCGGAUCCUUCGUCCGCUAGGGGUCAAGAAAUGGUUAUUCAUGAUCAAAACCGUAUUUCCGAGGAGAUAGAAGGCCUGAAAGUCAUGAUCACCCAGCUCCGAAUUAAAGUCGAGGCACUGGAUGGCAUGGGAGCACCACCAAUGCCUUCGGAUGUUCGUAUUCACAAGGAUGAUAUGGAUGAAAUCUAUGGUGCCAUCAACCAAGUUGAGCAGUCAAUCAAUCACUCUAAGUCUGAAGAAAUGAGACUGCACAAAGACGAUCUUGAUGGAAUCUUUACAGCAAUCCAUCAGGUUAACGACACUGUCAGCAAGUUUCGCGAUGUCCCCCUUCCGGAAGUCAUCAUGCCAGAAAAUGCGGCAUCAAAGGACGACACUGAUGCAAUCGAAACUCUACUACGUAAUGUCAAAGCUCAGCUAGAUGAGGUGUUCUCACCUGAAGCUGAACCACUUGCCAAAGCUAUUCAGAUUGAUGCCAUGGAGGGCAGUCUCAAAGACAUCAAGGUUGCAAUCGAAGAGUCGGUAGAACGUGCUGCAGAGACAAACAACAAGGAAGAUUUCACCAUUAUUGAACUGCUACUGAAAGAUGUUCAAGGCAGUGUCGAAGACUUCAAAUUGAAGCUCGAUGGGCUCGGAGGCAGUGGUCAUGAAUCGCCAGUGACUCAGACUGAUUUCGAGGUUAUGCAGACUCUCUGCAUGGACAUCAAAAGCCAACUCGAGGAUAUCAAACUGCCUGACUUCGCCACGCUUCCAAAUAAGGAAGAUCUUACAGAUGUGAAGAAUGACCUCAAAGCUUUCCGUGAGCAACUCGAAGCCGAUAAUGGUCUCACUGCCCAAGCUUUCGAAGCCCGAAAGAUUGAGCACGGCGGACUGGCUACAAAAAUCGACGAUGUCAAGAAUGUGAUUGGCGAUCUCAGAGACGAGCUCAUGGUGAAGGUCGAGGGCAGCGCAGAAGGCAUCGUGGAAUUGAACAAAGUCCUUGGUAUGCAUCACGAUGAUAUGGGUAAGUAUGCUACAGCAACAAGUAUUACUGAGAUGGCAGACAUGAUCAAAGGCGAACUUGAGAAGCAUAUGGAACAUCACUCGUCAAGUAAAGCUGAAAUGGAGGAGCGAGAUGCGACUCUGUUCAGCAAACAUGAUGAGACAGGGACAGUCCUGAAAGACAUCAUCGACGAAAAGUUCAAUGAACUCAUGACCAAGUACGAUGACGCACAGCUUGCCAACGAUGCGAAACUUAGCGCGCUGGAGGGCCGCGAUGGCGAACAUCUUGAGGCCACCAAUAAGACUAAAGCUGUCGUGGACGACCUCAAGUCUUUGAUGGACACUCUGGGUUCUACUGUUACCGAUACGUGUGAGCGAGUCUCGGCGGAUUCAAAGACUGUUUUUGAGUCAAUCGAGGAUACUAAUUCCAAGCUGGAGAACCUCCACACAUCCAAUGCAUUUGAGCAUGGAGUUACACGAGAAGAGAUUUCCAAAGCACUUGCUGCCACGAUGAGACUAGAAAGCUCGGCGACUGAGCACAACCCUGCAGUCCUAGCUGCCAUCCGAGAAGUACUUGGGGUUGUGAGCCAGCACUACGAGCACUCACAACAACAGACUGAGAGCUUUGCCAAAGCCACUGAAGAAAUCAAGUCUGGUGUCGACUCGAUUCCUGCAGCAAUUCCACCUCUGCUACCAGCAUUGCCUGCAGCUCCUUCCAGCCCGAUCAUCGUACCUCAAAUUCCUGUUCAGAAGGAAUACGAUGAUAGUGAGGUUCACGAUAAGUUAGACACUCUGUUGUCCCACGCAAGCCUUGCAAAAGAGGUUUUCGCUGGCAUUGAAAAUCACCAUAGAGAUACCAGAGACUCUCUUUCUACCAUGUCCAAGCUGGAUGAAAUCCAUGAGCAGGUGCUGGGAACAGCCGCCGAAAUUGCUGGCAUGGUUACAACUCAAGCCAGACUCAUGGCUGAGCAUCAUGAAUCUAAGGCACAAGAAGCCACCGAAGCAGCCAUCGCGCUGGAAAAGAGGACUGCUCAGAAGGAGAAGGUUGAAGCAGAUAUUGUAUCACUCAACGCAGAGAAAAAUGCCAUGAUGGAGUCCAUGGCCCAGUUGAGGAAAGAGCAGGAUGAUCUCAUCAAUCAAACAAAACGACUGACGAGAGAUGUUGCCAAACUUGAGACGGCGUUGAGUAUUCGACAAGACGAAAUGCGAGACAUGAAUGCGCGAGCCGAAAUACUCGAACGUCGUAUACUGGAAGGACUAGUCAAUCAUGCGCGGUCGGCCAGAGCACCACGAACAACGCAACGGCCCAAGGUCUCUCCCGCUGAUCGUGAUGCUUCGAUGAAUCUGAAGCGUGUCCCUAGUACUGCCAGCACUGUUACUCGGAGGACAUCAUUGAAGGCCGGCAACUCCACGAUUGGUAGUGCUGUUGGUGUUGCAUUGAAGAAGAGAAACCCUCUAGGCAUCAACGCCAAAGCCACAUCCACUCCGAGGACAUCCACGGUCGACCGACGAAUCCUGAGCACCAGUCACGUUACAGGCAACCGAGGUCGGAAUGCGGCUGACAUGGCACUGGUGCUUGCUCCCAUUCCCAAGUCGACUGGCCUAGUCAGCCUGAAGAGAAGCCAGUCGGUCAAAAGCAAUCCUAGCAGCUACCUUAACGGACGGAAAGCAAGCUGGAACGGGGUGCCAUCUGAUCUGACGAACAAAGAGAACUUCACUGAAGAACAUGACGAUAGCAUGGAUGAUGACGAAAGCGAUGUGAGCACUGAGAGAAGAACAAGUUACGGCACUAGCGUCAUGUAUAGUGAUAGCAUGACCUACGGCACAGGCAGUUCAGUCAGCAGGCGUUCAACGAGCUAUGCUAGUAGCAUUGUCGGAACGGUCAAUGGCCAGACAGACAUGAUUGCCGAGGAGGAUGAAGAGGCAGUAGAGGAAGACCCUGAUACUGCUGUUGUUCUUCAUUCCGGAUUAGGUCCCAACCAGGUCGAUGCUGGUCAGGAUAACUCCAUGGGAAUGACGACACUGGACGAUGAGGAUGAUCUUGACACUGCUCAGAUCGUCGUCGAUGGUCUCUCGGAUCUUCAACCGCCACCUUUGAUCACGGAAGAGGGUCUCAAAUACCAUGGUAGUGACAGUGGCUUGGGCACGGAGCCGUUGACAGCCGGAACAGAUGGCGGAAGGGGAGAAGCACUCGAGUACUUCGAGAUGACCGCGCAGGACAUGCAUCUCUGA